AUGACGAAGGGUACCUCCAGUUUCGGAAAGCGCCACAACAAGACGCAUACGCUCUGCAGGCGUUGCGGUCAACGAUCCCUUCACAUCCAGAAGCACACCUGCGCCUCAUGCGGCUACCCUGCUGCUAAGACCCGCAAGUUCAACUGGGGCGAGAAGGCCAAGCGCAGGAAGACCACAGGUACCGGCCGCAUGCGAUACCUCAAGACCGUCAACCGCAAGUUCAGCAACGGAUUCCAAACUGGCGCCCCUAAGGGCUCCAAGGGCCCCACCGUCAAGUCCUCGUAA